UUUUUUUUUUUGGCGACCUCAGGGUGCGCCCUGAACUGUGCUGCGCAGUGAGCGCAUAGGUGGAAUCUGGGACAAUGACUGCGUAGCUCCGGAAGAGACAAAGGGAUCAGAGGGGAAGGUGUUUGAGAUACACGUCUCAACUGAUACUUAUCACGCAUCAUGGCAAGGCGGGUCAGACCUGGCUUUUACCGACAAGAAAUAAACAAAAGCGUCUGGGAAGUACCGGACCGGUACCGCGACCUGAUUCAGGUGGGGACCGGAGCGUACGGAACUGUGUGCUCAGCGCUGGACUCCAGGACGGGAACCAGAGUGGCCAUCAAGAAGCUCUACAGACCCUUCCAGUCUGAGGUGUUCGCCAAGCGGGCCUUCAGGGAGCUGAAGCUUCUCAAACAUAUGAAGCACGAAAAUGUCAUUGGCCUUCUAGAUGUGUUUACUGCAGACCUUUCUUUGGACCGAUUCAAAGAUUUCUGUCUGGUGAUGCCGUUCAUGGGAACUGACCUGGGGAAGCUGAUGAAGAAGACCAAACUAUCGGAAGAAAAAAUCCAGUGCUUGGUUUAUCAGACUCUGAAAGGACUCAAGUACAUCCAUUCUGCUGGUAUAAUUCACAGGGAUCUCAAACCAGGAAAUCUUGUCGUCAACCAAGACUGCGAGCUCAAGAUCUUGGACUUUGGCUUAGCUCGGCAGGCGGACACUGAGAUGACAGGCUACGUGGUGACCCGAUGGUACAGAGCCCCGGAGGUCAUCCUCAACUGGAUGCACUACACACAGACGGUGGAUAUUUGGUCUGUGGGCUGCAUCAUGGCAGAGAUGCUGCAAGGAAAACCCCUUUUUAAAGGCAGUGACCACCUAGAUCAGCUGAAUCAGAUCAUGAAGGUCACAGGAACGCCAAGUCAAGAAUUCAUAUCAAAACUAGACUCCGAGGAUGCUAAAAGUUACCUCAAAAGUCUCCAAAAAAUAGAGAAGAAAGAUCUUAAGACAUUGUUUCCAUCUGCUAGUUCCCAAGCCCUGGCGGUGCUGGAGCGCAUGCUUCUGCUAGAUCCUGAGGAAAGAGUGACAGCUGUGGAGGCUCUGUCGUUGCCUUACUUUGCUGUAUUUCGAGAACCGGCAGAGGAGACUGAGGCUCAGCCGUACGACAACUCGCAUGAAGACAAGGAGUUGACUUUGGACCAGUGGAAACGUUGUGCCUUCACAGAGAUCUUGAGCUUCCAGCGUACGUUGUUGGAUGCAAAGGAAACGCCACUUUAAAGACGAGUGAACUACAGCUGAGGACCAAAACAAACUAAUUCUGAACAAAGAGGACUUUUUGAUUAAUACAGGCCUGCUGCAGAUGCAGAUUUUAGGAUUUUCUACAGUAAUUUGUUAAAGCGACGCCUUCAAGCUUGUCACUCCUACACAGCCCCGUGUUGUCGUUGCCCUAACCAACAGCUCUGAAGUGUUUUGAGAUGUCAGAAGGCGUCUUCAGUUCAGACUAGUGGGAAUUUAAGGAACAUCUCCUCUUCAACGACAAGGAAACACCUGCACCUGAGUCUGGAGGAAAUCUUUGAGUUUCUGUACAAACGGUUGCCAUUUUCAAGCAUUCCUUUCCGUUUAACUUGUUCUUGAUAGCUAAGUGUAUCAAACGUUUUCAGACAUAUCUGGUACUAUUCAUUUCCUUCUUUCUGCUCCAUCUCAAAAGGUUACUUAUGAUUUCUUUUUUUUUUUUUGUAAUUUGACACGAGCAAAAACCUUUCUGGUUACUAAAGCAGAGCAAUUUUUGCAUUGCUGUUUUAAAAGGCCACAUCACCAGCAGCAUGUCCAACACUGAAGUAAAGAUACUUACAAAAACUUUUACAAAUUAAAGGUUAUUUUAAAAAAAACAUAAAGGUAUUAUUAUUAUUAUUAUUAUUCUUUUUUGCAUUGAGUUAUAGAUUUAACAAUCUUAAAACAAAUUAUACAUUUUUAACUUAGUGUUUUUUUAAUAUGGACAAUGUGGCUCACUCAUUCAGAGAUGAAUGGAGGCUCUUUAGAAUAUAAUUUAAGGUUUUAUUUUGCCUUUCUUUUGGUUAAAAAAACACAAAAAGAGCAUUUUAAAUUUGUUUUGGUAUUAAAUGGUCACAAAACCAGGUUUAUCUGGUUAAACCUGAACUGAAUUUGAUCACUGACGUUGGAUGUAUUAAGAGUUUGGGAUUUGUGAAAUUCCUUCAUGAGCAAAAAAGGGGAUUCUUGGUUUUCAUGAAAAUGCUGAAGUCAUUCUUGUAAAAAUGAAUACAUUGUAUUUCCUUAAAUGUCUCAUAAGAUAUGCAAUAAGAUAGUUUUUAGUUUGUUUUUUUCGUGUUUUUUGCAGAAAGAGAUUUGUUAGGUUGUUAAUGGGGGUCAGUAGGGGGGCUCUCACCAUUCCUGCAGAAAUCUCCUCUGCAUUGAACUAUUUGGCUACUUUAUGAUAUACACUGAUCAGUCAUGCAUUACCACUAAACUAGGCAGCAUUAUUUCCAUGUUAACUUUAUUUGUUUUGUUUUUAUUUCAUUAAACUAUCCAGAACAUAACAAAUAUAAGAAUUAAUUUGAGUAACCACAUUUUAAUAUUUAAUAUUUUUACCAUUUUAGUUUUAUAUAACUUCUCCAUGAGCAAUGGGUUUUUCCAAUAUAUUUUGAAACAAACGAUUAGAUUUAUUUUUUAUUUUUUAAACCUGUGCAUUUGUAUGAGGGGUCUUCUUGUUUCUACCAGGUGCCUUACAGAUAGUAACAGAACACAAGUAGUGCUGAGCAGAACAAGAAUUUUCUCACCAGGUUAUGCGCAAUAAUCCCCCUAUUGAUUAAAGAAAAAAAAAA